CAGUGGGAUUUUGUAUGAUAUAGCAGUGGCUGGAGGAAUGGAGAUGUUGGUAGCUUAUGUGCUCAAAUACCCCCUCAACUGGGGCGCAACCGAGGUGGGUUAUGGAAACGCGGCUGGAUCCCUUCUCUUCAUCACCAGUUUUUUGGGUGUGAAGAUGUUCACAAAAUGUUCAGUUAGAGAUGAGAGCAUGGUCAUGAUCGGGAUGGUGUCUUUCGCAGCUGGGAUUUAUUUCAUGGCAUUUGUGACCACAACUCCGAUGUACUUUUUGGCUCGCUCUAUCACUCUGUUUGCUCUGAUUCCAAUGCCCACCAUUCGCUCGCUGCUGUCCAAACAGGUCAGGGGAACCUCAUAUGGCAUUACCUUUGUCAUGCUCCAGUUGUCCUUCAAACUUGCAAGCUUGGUCACCACACCCAUCUACACUGAGAUCUAUCAGGCCACACUUAACACCUUCCCAGGGUUUGUCUUCAUACUGUCCAGCAUCUUCACUGUUCUUUCUAUGAUACCCAUUAGUAUUGUAGGAUGUUGCUCUGCGAGACAUGAUGGAUAUGAGAGAAUUCAAGGGAACUGACUGACAGCAUCAACCACACCAAAGCAGACAAUGUAUCAGAAAUGGACAAGUUUGUAGGUUUACACUGAUGUUACGUACAAUAGAGGAUAUUCUACUAGGAUAAUGCUACUUCCUGUUGCACUGUGGUUACACGGCGUUAUUGGUAAUGCAAUAUGUGUAGCAUCUUAUUUGCCAAGGUUUUUUUUUUAACAUCUAUGUAUAAAAUGCUGACAGUC